GUGUGCAUACUAGCAGCGUCAUGGCUCAGUGGGGGUCUGCUUGGAGUCUUGCUUUCAGCUUCUACCUUCUCCCUCACCUUUUGUGGAUCCAAUGCUGUCGAGCAGUUCUUCUGUGACGUCCCCCCUCUGCUGAAGAUCUCCUGCUCUGAGGUCCACAUUGCCAUUGAUGUGAGUGUGGCUACUGGGUUCUUCUCGUCUGCAGUCUGCUUCAUUUACAUCACCCUCUCCUACGUCCGCAUCUUCUCAGCCGUGCUGAGGAUGCCAUCCUCCGAGGGCCGAACCAAAGCCUUCUCCACCUGCCUGCCCCAUCUCACUGUCAUCAUCAUGUUUAUCUUUACCGCAGCAUUUGCCUAUCUCAAACCACCUGCAGACUCACCCUCGACUCUAGAUCUGCUGGUUUCCAUGUACUACACUGUGGUGCCCCCCGGAGUCAACGUCAACUCCCAGAAAUGA